ACUUUCUUCCCAGCGACAACUCUGCAGAUUAAUCAGAAUGAGCAGUGAACCAGAAGUCAGCGUCGGGGCAGUGACACUGAUUGCGAAGGACAUCAUCAAAGAUGCUCUCGCCUCCAACACUCUCUGGAAAUGGACAAUCCGUGCCGUAAGGCUCGAGGUUGCAAUGCGACUCGGAAUAGACGAGUCUGUCAUCCUGUCGAGUAGGGAGCUAAAAGACGCUAUCAAGACCGCCACUGAUCAAGCUCAGGUUGAGUAUCAGGCAGAGCACCCUGAAGAUGAAGAGGAUGAGAUCGUACCAGAAGAGAAUCGACCUAAACCUGAACCUGAACCCGUCAAGAAAGUGAAGAAGGCAAAGAAGGUGGAAGAACCUAAAGCGAAAGCAAGGAAACGCAAGUCCGACGCUGUACCGUCUUCCUCUUCGCCUCCGCCCAAGAAGAGAGCAAAGGAAUCUACAAAGAAGAAGACAUAUCGUUCAGCUUCCAUCGUGCCUUCAUCAGACGAGGAAACGGCUGCUCCUCCACCUAAGAAGAAAGCAAAGGAAACUGGAAUUAAGAAGACGUAUCGUUCGUCCUCCAUCGUUCCUUCAUCCAACGAGGAAGGGCCGCCGCCGCCUCAGCAGAAAACGAAAGAUUCUGGGAAGAAGAAAACAUAUCAUUCAUCCCAGGCCAUUGUACCCUCAUCAGACAAAGCAGACUCGCCCCGGAAACCAUCCGAAUCCUCCAAGUCCACCGCUCCUACUAAAUCCAAGGUCCCAAAAUCCAAAUCCCUAAUCACGUCAGAAGACGAAGCGGCCGCUUCUGCCUCUGACCGUGAGCAAGCAGAAGCUGAGGUUGAGAUCGAGAAGGAGGCAGCUAAGCUCGAAGAGGCUGAAGCGGAGAGAAGUGAGUCUGAGAUGAGUGUAUUGAUCGAUGACGAAGCUCCGAAACGUAAGAAGAAAGCUACGGAAAAGGAACCAGCGAAACGUGGUCGAAAGAAGAAAGAACCUGUCGAAGAAGAUAAAGAUGACAAAGAGAUCAAGCGUCUCAAGCAACUCGUCUCAGCCUCCGGCCAUCGCAAACCCUACACAAAGCUCUUCUCCGCCCUUCCAGACCCGACAUCGAAACGUGCCCAAAUCAAACUUAUCAAAGAUAUUCUUAUCAAGGAAUGUGGAUUCCCAAAGGAAGGAAGACGGUGGACGGUCAAGUUGGCUAAGGAGCUGAAGGAGAAAAGGGAGUUUGAGAAAGAGCUUGAGGACGUCAAGCAAUUUGAGAAAGCCAUCACCUCCCGCUCGUCUCGAACUUCCCGUACUGUCACUGCUCGUCGUGGAUCCCCCGAAGGAAACGGUAUGGAUGAAGAUGAGAGUGAUGAAGAGGUUGAGAUUCUGCCCAAGAACAAUGCGAGGAAGCGUAUCAUGGCGUUCUUGGAAGAUCAGAGUGAAGAGAGUGACUGAGGCUGUCUAGUUCACGAUCACAACUUCAUGCUUUUUUCUUGGUUCACAUGUUUGUUAUACCACAUAGGCUAUACUCACAAUAUUCGUAUACCGUUACUAUUUGCUCUGCUUUACAACUCCUCUCAAUGAUUCCAUGUUUCCUCGACUUGUAUCGAACAACCUGUCUCCGACUUCAUUUACCCUCAACCUUUCCAUUUACUCUGCCCUC